AUGUCUGCGAAAGCGGCUACUAAGGUCGUCAAGCAGUUGGCUGGAAGCGGUACAGGUCAAAGCCUUAUGGAUCGCGUCACUCAAGCAAAGUUUAGUCUAGCGGGUUCCGGACUCGGUAAAGUUGUUGCAAAGGCAACCACAGAAGAAAUCGGCGCCCCAAAGAAGAAACAUCUUGACUACCUUAUUACUUGCAGCAACGAGCCAAAUGUUUCAAUACCACUGCUGGCCGGCUUGUUGGUUGAGCGCAUGCAAGAAAAAUCAUGGGUUAUUGUCUUUAAAGCUUUGAUCACCACUCACAACUUGAUGAAUUUCGGAAAUGAGAAAUUCUCUUACUAUCUGGCGUCCAAUUGCACACCAGUUAACUUACCUAAUUUUAAUGACAAAUCCAGUGCGCAAGCGUAUGAGAUGUCACUUUUCAUUCGAAAUUAUUCGCGCUACAUCAGUGAGAAAACUGCUUCCUAUCGAGCUAUCGCAUUCGACUUUUGCAAGGUGAAACGUGGGCGAGAUGAUGGAGUUCUUCGUACCAUGCCCGUUGAUAAGUUACUGAAGGCUCUCCCAGUCUUGUCUGAGCAGCUGUCCGUUCUGUUACAGUUCGAUGCACACGAAAAGGACCUAAACAAUGCCAUCAUCAACGCUGCUUUCCUGCUUAUGUACAAGGAUUUGAUUCGUCUGUUUGCCUCAUACAAUGAGGGCAUGAUCAAUCUGAUUGAAAAGUACUUCACUCUCAAACGCAAAGAAUGCCGACUUGGUCUAGAUCUAUAUCAUGCUUUUCCCGAUCUUCUCGCUAAAGUUACCGAAUUUCUUGCGUUAGCAGAGAGCAUGGGAAUCGGAGAUAAGGAAAGUCUUGGUCUGCAGCCGGUUCCUGCAAAGGUGAUCCAGGCCAUGGAGCAGCACUUGUCGAUACUGGAGAGCAAAGCUACUUCUGACGAUGAGGAUGGGUCCGUAGACAACCGUUCAGCCGGUCGACGCACACCUGUCAAAAAGCCAGCCUUACCCGUUCCGCUUCCCAACACAAAACCGGCUUCUCCUCAGAAGCCACCAAUUCCACGCUCUCCAGAACACCGUAUUCAAACUCUCCAUGAAAGCGCUAGAUCCCAUUCACCGGAAACUGUGACUGAAGAGCAGCCAAUUAAUGCGGAUGAACCCAUUCCUGAAUCGGAUGUUGUGGCGGAGGAAGCAGAAAACGCUGUUACCUGCCCCACAUUACUUGUCAGCGAUGAAGACGGAUUACCUUCGGCACUUCAAGAGGAGAUUAUAGCGGCCGCAACCAGCCAUUUGUCUGAAUCAAUUGCGAUCAGUAAUGAAGCGGUGAAACGGUCUGUCCAUCACACUUCCAUUACCACCAACCCGAUCCACACCCAAAUGGGUCGUUUGGAGCAAAGAACUGUUUCCGUUCGUUCUAGUUCUCCAGUGAGAUCUCGUAGUCCCUCACCCGCUCGACCAAGUACUCCUCCCCACCUACCCCAUCGGGACGAGGAUAGGGUGUUUAGCGCAAGCGAUAAUGAACUACAUGAAUCUGCGGAAGAAGGUCCGCGUCGCAAUCUUUCCCUCCUUGGUUUGAACGAAAGAGCUGGUGGUUCCGGUCGUGCUUCGCCUAUCUGUGGUAGCCCGUUUGCUUGCGAUGAACGGGUGGCUGAACCAGCUUCGGAUGUGCCGUCUUGGCCAGAGGAAACAGAUGAUACUGAUCAAACAACCUUCAAUGCUGCGUUCGACGCGGGUGCUCCGGCUGUCGCUUUCACUACCACAGAUGCCGCGCCGGCCACUGUCGCUCCGACAGAAUCUUCCGCUCUGGAUAGCCUGUUUGGCCUUGACUUCCUAUCUAGCGAAGACACACAGACAGCCACUAUUACACCAAUCCCCUUGCAACCGAUGAGCAGCCAAUCAGUCCAGUUUCAGGCCACCACUCAAGUAGCCGAAACUGCCGUCAAAUCGUCGGGAGUCGAGCUGGAAGAUCUACUUUCCCUAGACCCACUGUUGUGUGGUGCGGAUAAAGACACAGUCCCCGAGCCUUUACCACAUACGAACACUCCAAUCUCUAUCUUACCUGCGGGUUUGAAACCGGUGCAGUCUACCGUUCCCAUUCGUCCGGCAGCAGUGCACAUUGAUCAGUCUUGCUUCCAGUUUGGGAGCUCAAAGUGGCUGGGGAUCCAGCGUGCAAAAAAGGCGCCCGCUAGCCGAUUCUUCUUGAUUCAUUCUAUCCGGUGGCCAAAGGAAUUCAAAUAG